AUGGCCAAAUCAUUACGUGCUAAAAGUCACCUAAAAGCCAAGUCGAUUAAACGUCGUUCAGUAUUCCAAAAAAUUGUUGACGCUCGUGAAUCAAGAUUAGCUGAACGAUUAAAGAAAGACUUCGUCGAUCAAAAGGUGAAAGAAUUGAAAGAGAAAAAUGGUGAUGCAGAAAUAAUGGACAUAGAUGCUGAUGGAAAGAUAACGGGAGAAGAUGAAUCAGAAAUAUCCACUAAAAAAGUAAGCACUUCUGGCUGGAGAGAUGCGAGACAUCACGCAUAUAAGAAAAACAAGAUCGCGAAAAAGGCUAAGAAGAAGGGUUCUUUCACCAAAUUUUAG